UAGUCUAGUGCGAGAGAGCAGAAACCCCAAACCCUGGAUAGGGAGGGCGAGCUAGGAGACGAAAGGAGGAUGGACAUGUCGUGGCUGGGCGAGCUGCGGGCCUUCGUGGAGGCUUGCAAGAAGGACCCGGCGCUGCUCGUCGACCCCAGCCUCGCCUUCUUGCGGGACUACCUCACCAGUCUCGGCGCCGACCUCCCCGCCGCCGCAGCUGCCAAAUCCGGCCCCAAGGUCCCUACCCACCCCACUCCCUUGAUUUCUGUUCCGAUCAACGAGGAGGACGGCACGGACAUGCGGGACCCCACCGUGGAGACCGACGAGCUCGACGCGGACAUCGUCGAGUCCGAUCUCGAGCUGGAGGGGGACGUCGUCCAGCCCGACCACAGCGACGCUCCCCAGAAGAUGGGGGAUCCUUCGUUCGAGGUGACUGAGGAGAGUCGCGAUGCAUCCCAGAAAGAAAAGGGCAUGGCGACGGAGGCAAUAUCAGAAGGGAAACUGCAAGAAGCUGUCGAGCAUCUUACCAAGGCAAUCCUCCUGAAUCCAACCUCUGCAAUGAUGUAUGCUACUAGAGCAUCUGUGUUCAUUAAAAUGAAGAAACCUGCUGCUGCUACAGGUGAAAACUAUAUCAACCCUGACUCUGCAAAAGGCUACAAGACUCGUGGAAUGGCUAAUUCUAUGCUGGGCAAGUGGGAGGAAGCUGCUCGUGAUCUGCAUGCCGCGUCAAACAUUGAUUACAAUGAUGAGAUCAAAGCUACCCUCAAGAAGGUGGAGCCUAAUGCACACAAGAUAGUGGAGCACCGCAGGAAGUAUGACAGGCUCUGGAAAGAGAGGAAUGACAAGAAAUCUGAGCGUGACCGGCUUCGUCGACGUGCUGAGGCACAGGCUGCUUAUGAGAAGGCAAAGAGGAGCGAGCAAUCACCAAGUGGAGGCAUGCCUUGUGGUUUCCCUGGCGGUGGUAUGCCUGGAGGAAUGCAUGGUGACUUUCUUGGAACUGCCAAGAGGCUGCUGUGUUCCACAGCAUCAGCUGAAUACAUAUCUGAGGUCCUCGAUGACGACAAUAUAAGUUCCUCACAAGUGCCAGCAACCCCGCUGGACAGUGAUGACCUCCUGGAGGUGAUCAUCCUCCACCUCCCUCGUCAGCCGUCCUCCCUCCCCCGCGCCUCCCUUGUCUGCAAGCGCUGGCACAGCCUCCUCUCCGAUCAGAAGUUCACAGCAUGCUACCGCAAACACCACCGGAAGGCUCCUCUAUUGGGCUUCUUUGCUGGGUUUGAUGUAACGAGGCUCAACUUCGUUCCUUUCCCCGACACGGAACCCAACAGCAUCCCCAUCCCCACCGAGCGCUUUGCCGUGCCCAAGAGCAGCAGACCCUCCUACUUCUGGAGCUUCUUGCCUUCUUGGGCUGCCGCCAUGGGCUCGCUGUCCUGCUCAAUGAGAGCCUGCGCAAGGUAGUUGUGUGGGACCCCCUGACCGGACAGCAGCACCGCGUGUCUUUUCCACAGGAGCUCCGCGCCGAAAGCUUCGACGAAGACGGGGAGUUCAUAAUCUGGCAGUGGCACACCGCGGUGCUGUGUGCUGAUACGGAGGAGGGGCACAUUCAUGGCGAUUGUUUCUCGAGCCCGUUUAAGUUGGUGCUUAUCUGCAGCGGACAGUCAGACGCAUUCAGUACUGUUCUGACAUAUGCCUGCCUCUACGAUUCAGCGUCUGGUGGGUGGGGAGAUGUUGUCUCGACGUACGCUAGAGACUUGAUUCUAACAACGAGCUCUAGCAUUCUCACUGGAAAUGCAUUUUAUUGGUUAUUUCAGAGAGGUGAUAUCCUGGUAUUUGAUAUUGAACGGCAGAGCCUUGGUUUGAUUAAGAAGCCAGCAUGCGCCCCUCGUCCAAACCACUCGAACUUCCAGCUGUUACGGACAGAUAAUGGUAGUGGCCUUGGCUUGGCAGUAAUGUCAAACUCGAGCAUCCAACUGUGGGAGAGGAAAUCAAACUAUGAUGGCGUUGUUGAAUGGGUGCUUCUUCAGAAAAACUUUCAAUUGGAGAGGCUCUAUCAGAAGGGAAUGCGUAGCAAGCUCCAAGAGGAAUAUCUGGUGGGAUAUGAGGCACAUCUGGUGGGAUACGACGAGGAAUCAAAUGCACUUGUUCUGGCUAUGGAUUUUGGCGUGUUCAUGCUUGAACUUGACUCGAUGCAGUUCAGAACUCUUUCUAAAAGCUCAAGUUGCUGGGGUACCAAGAUCCACUAUCCAUACAGAAAUUUCUUUACUGCAGGUAAUACUUUUGUACCUCGUGUAACAAGAUUCAAUGAUUCAUUCCAGUUACUAU